UCAUCAUCAUUGUCAUCAUUAUCAUCAUAGCACUCUAUAUUAUAGCAAUUUUUCUUCUGCCAGACACCUCAUCGUUAUUAUUAUGUGAUUGACUCAAUGGGUACUGUUUCUAAAUAUGUGAAUGAUAUUGAAGAAAUGGAUAUGAUAUGGAUAUACUAUCCUCGUGUGUAUCAAGUCCAUGGUUCACGACUGAAAUUUGUAUCCCGUGAGAGGAAAAGUGAGAAGAUUAUGAGGAACUCUAGAAAGGACAAAAAAAGGAUAAGAAAGGAUAAGAAAAGGGAAGAACAUGGAAGAGUAUGGAAGAGGGAAGAGGAAGAGAGAAGAGAAGAGGAGAGAGUGUGCGAAGGAGAAAAAAAAAAAUAAAAAAUAAAAAAAAAUACGGCAAGUGAUUGUAGGCAUGAAAAUUGAACACGCUGAGAUGCUGAACGCCGAAGAAAAGAAGUAAUGACUAAGAUAGAAGUUA